AUGAAUAAUAUUGACAAUCCUGGAACGAAUGGUGCAAACUUUGGAAGUCAAGCAGUUGCUAUAGGCACUUCUGAAGAUCCUGAAUAAAAAUCAAUGAGCGACUGGCCUCAGUUUACUUAAAACAGCGAUAACGAUGACAAAACCUUGAGAUUUUCUAAAGAUAUACCUGUGAGCAUCCCAGGAUUUCAAAGUACACUUUAACUUAAGCGGAAAGCCUCAAAGAAAUGUAGAUAUACUCCACACUUUCAUCAUAUUAACGAAAUCGAUUUGGAAAUGUAAAAUAGUCAUCGAAGAAUGCUUGCUCAAGAUGUUGAAGAAGAUAGCGAUGAUUCUUAUAAUAAGUAUAGCAAAGAAGCUCACUUACAGGAGGGCGAGAAAGACAUUUAUGAAGACUCAAGAGAAAUAGAGUCUACUGUCUAACAGUAGCAUAAUAAUUUUGUGAAUCUAAAGCCACCAGGAAAUGCUGACUAUGUAGAACUGGUUAAAACAAUUAAAAGAGCCAGAUUAGAUUCUCUAAUGGGUGUGAAUCAUAAUUUCUUGGAGAAUGAUGCAUCUGCUUCUUAGGUUCUGAAUAAAUAGCUUACAGCUACCGGUGGAAUCUAUAAGAUUUUCGACUUGGGAAACAAGCAAUAUAAGGACUGUACAUUUUCUGAUAUUUUAAACUUUAAGAGGCUACUAAUAUCCACAAUGAGAAGAGCGACUCUCAUUACUGAUUUCAGCAAUAACGAAAGGCCGAAUUGUUAUAUGAUAUUGAUAAGCUAAAUAAAUGAAAGCAACUUAAGAUAAAUCCUACAGAUUUAUGAUCUUAAUCCACUCCUACUUUGGGAGAUAAUACUUAAGCAACAAUAUGACAAAGUAGUUAAGAUUGAUGAUCAAACAGCCUUUUAUAACUUUGAAGUAUUGGAGGAUAACUCUCUACUUAGAAAGUUUAUAGUAAAAGUUAUUCAUUUACUGACUAAAAAUAUGAUGUUUGUCUUCACUACACAGAGAGGACAACCAGGCUUGAUGACUUUGCUUAGAAAAAUAUUUAAAUUCAAGGAAUUGUCUGAUCAAAUUGAAAAUCUACGUGAAAAUGAUGAAGAAAAUCAGACCACAUAAGCAGCCGAAAAACAUGCAUUAAACAAUGAUAAAUUAAGUAUUAUUCCCAAGAACUCAGAUGAUAGUCUAUAAGUAUCUGAGAACGGGAAUAGUAGCUUUUACAAAAGUGAAAAUUCAAGUUUGUCUUAAAUUGUUGGUAAAUAAUAGAAGCGAGGAUUAAAGUACAACAAGUAACAAACAGAAUUUAGUGUAGGUCUAGCUACUUCAGGAUCUCUUAAUUGUGAAGAUCUUAUCUAUGGAAUUAUAGAUGAGUCACUUAGAAAAAUUGAACCAAUAAUAGUAAGUUUUGACCGAGAAGCUUAAGCUCUUAAUAAUCUAAGUUUGAACUUAAGCUAUUAAGAGAAGCUUGGCUAUGUUAGACGUAGUCAUCUGGCAAAGGACAUAAUGGUACACUUCUAAAAUGAUCUUGAAGUAAAAUAGCAGCUAUUCAAAAAGCUUUAGCGCCAGACUUUUGCGUCACCAAAAUUAAAACUGCUCAUAAAAUUCCUGAAAGGUAGACUUUGUAACUCUUUGAUUAUUAUGAAAAAGGCAACAACCUAGAUUCAAUUAAGCGACUAAACCUAUGAAAACAUGGUUGAUAGUGGAAUAUAAGAGCAAUCAAAUAAUCUUAAUACAAUUAUGCAAAGCUUAGCUGCAAUUACUGUUGUCAUUCUCCCUUUUAAUGUCAUCAGUGGUUUUAUGGGCAUGAAUGUACUCGUUCCAUUCGCAGAAGUAGAAAGUGUACUUCCAUUCUUUAUGCUAUUUGCAACCUCUUCUGUCCUAGCUAUAUUGCUUUAUUAUAUUCUCAAACAUAUGAAAUGGAUGUGA